AUGCAGAACGUGACCGAUUCUAUGGUCCGUGAGGUGGCCGAGGUUUUUCUCAAAGCCGACCUUGCCUGGCACAGGGAUAUUGUCCGAGGCAGGUUCAACGCGCUCGUCGCCGUCUUCGUCAUGCUCGUGACGGGCGGUAUGUACAUGUUUUGGCAGGGUAUCUGCUCGCGUCGGCGUGAAGCCAAGACCGGUCCCGUCGAGGACUCCACGGCUGAGCGCAUCUCCGCCGCGGCGAGUCGUCCCGCGCCGUGGGUAUCUGAACGAGACGACGUCGCCUUCGAGGAGGUUCCGAUCUCCGACGCGGCGGUGUGGACCCCAGACAUUGUCUUCUCGGCGGCAGCGACCCCGCUCCCGAAUGUUUCAGAUGAGUCCAUGGAUCUGUGCGAAGGGCGUACUCCAUCCCCACUCGAUGCACUGACGGUGGAAAAAAUGCUCACGCAGAUUUCCCUGGUGUCCAAGGACGAUGCCCAGGCUGGACGCUUCUUCUCCGAUCUCCACGCUGACCCGGCCGUCAAUCGACUCAUCGAGAAGGCCGGAUGGACCAAAGGCGAUCAUUCCAGGCAGACGCCGCGUCACAUCGCCUCGCUGCACGAGAAGUGUUUGGACUAUGUGAGGGCGAGGACCAGCUUCGAUGAGGACGCUUGGCGCCGACUGGAUUAUGUCGACGGCGUCCUGUCGAAGUAUACUAACAGAGUGUGA